CAUCAACUGCCAUGUAGAAAGAUGGACAUACAAGCCAAUUCGUCACAAACAAUUCACACCCAAUUCAUCAACAUGAUUAUUCCACAAUUUUCAAAGCCAUCAAAACAGACAACUGCAGCAUUGGCACUGCUAUUGCCAGUAGCCGUGCAAGGACAAUCUUUCACUACAAACCACACCAGCCAAACGUCCACCGGCUUCGCACCAUGUGACUCCCUCAUAGCUGCCAAUCUCUCUUCUAUAGUGCAUCUCCCGUCUUCCCCGCUCUAUUCGACCCUCGUUGCCGGCUCCUGGGCUAAAGACACGCAAAGGGCUCCGUGGUGCUUCGUUACUCCGUGCAACACAGACGAAGUAUCCAAGACAGUCGUUGCUCUUAAAGAUGCUGGAAACGGCGCUGGCGAUUGGCAUAUUGCCAUCCGCAGCGGCGGACAUGGGGGCGGAUCUCAGAACAGUAUCGAGCAGGGUGUCAUUGUCGAUUUGUCUCGCAUGAAUGACACGACAUUUGACGCGCAAACCGAAGUUGCCAGUGUGGGGUCAGGAGCUCGAUGGGGAGAGGUCUAUGCCGAACUGGAAAAAUUCGGUGUCGGCGUCACAGGUGGAAGAGAAGCCAUAGUCGGUGUCGGCGGUCUCAUACUUGGCGGAGGACUUUCUUGGUACACGGCUCGAGAAGGCUUCGCCUGCGACAACGUCGUCAACUUCGAGGUUGUGCUGGCGAACGGCGAGAUCGUCAAUGCCAAUGCAACGGACAACUCAGACUUGUUUCGCGCAUUGAAAGGAGGCAGCAGCAACUUCGGCAUCGUCACCAAAUUUGACCUCAAAACCUUCCCCGCCGAUAAAUUAUCCAUCGACCAAAGAACCAUCAGCUCGGAACACGCAGGCGGGCUCAUUGACGCAAUCGCUGACUUCACCGAUCUGGACCAGACAUUCCAUGACAACGCCAUGAUCGCAAUGAUGAUGUACAACCCCCAGCAAAACGCUACCAUCAUCACGGUGAAAGAGAUCAACACCAUGGGCAAAGUCAACAGCACAGUUUUUGAUGCUAUCAACCGCAUUCCCACGCUCGCUCCAGCAAAGAAGCAAACAGUUACUCUCGCCGACUCUGCCAAAAGCGCCGCACUGGAAGCAAAUACACGUAAUGUUGGAGUGGGACCUCUCGUCAUCGCAAAUGAUCCACAAGUCAUGCGCUACUGUGUCGAACAGCAUGAGAAGCUCAUCGAGGAUUUGAAAAAAGUCCUUGGACCAAACGAAUUCGCCACGAUCCAGGAUUUCCAGCCAUUCCCUUCAUACUUUGCGGACAUUGGUGUGCAAAAGGGAGGAAACAUGCUCGGUCUGGAGCGGUCCUCGCGCAACAAGAUCAUGACGAUAUCUGGUGUCAUUCUGUUGACCCCGAACAGCGAGAAGCAGUAUCCACAGGUCUACCAACGGCUGUCGGCUAUGACAGAAUCAAUCAAGGCGUUCGCGAAAUCGGUCGGAAGCGACGAGGAAUUGAUUUAUUUGCCCUAUGCAAACCCAAUGCAGGAUGCUAUUGGCAGUUACGGACCAGCCAACGUCGAGCACAUCAGAAAAGUUGCCGAGAAGUUUGACCCAAGUGGCUUCUUUCAGCAUAGGGUUCCGGGUGGUUUCAAGAUUAGUAGGGUCAAUUGA